AUGGCGAGUAAAAGAUGUAAUAAUUAUUUAUCCGAAGAGAUGGUGUUCCUCAUACUUUCUUAUCUUCCUGUAAUAUUACUUCUCCGCUGCAAAUCAGUUUGCAAAACCUGGCUAUCCAUCAUAAAUAGCCCACAGUUUGUUGAGGCCCACCUUUCUAAUUCCAAGAAGAAACAAGCAUCUGUGCUCAAAGCCUCUUAUGAUUGGAGGGUUCUCUCCUCCAUGGACACUGUGGAAGAUUCAGUUGAGCUUAAACUGCCAUCAUGUCUCGAGGGUAAGGUUGGUUACAUGCGUUCUUGUAAUGGUCUUGUUUGUCUUUCUAAUGAAGGUUGUGAUAGUAUAUGUAUCUGGAAUCCGUGUACUAGACAGUAUAAGAUGCUUUUUGUGCCCAACUAUGCAUUUGGUGUAUGGCAUUGUCUAGGGUUUGGUUUUGAUUCUAUUGGAAACGACUACAAGAUUCUUUGGAUUGUAACAAAGGUUGUCCGUGAGCUACGAGGUUUUAUUGUCAGCAUGAACCUUAAACCAGAAGCACAAUUGUAUUCCGCAAAGGUUGAUACUUGGAAAAAGAUUUGUAUUCCGGAUACUAUUAGAAUAUCUUUUUGGAAUAGGCUGAAGAGAUCCUGUGGUCCUGAUAUUAGUGGGAAGUUGUAUUUGGAAGGUGAGGGUGGGCUAUUGCCGUUUGAUUUGCGCAACGAUGUGUUUGGAGAACUUGUAGUAUUACCGUUUCUUGAUUACGUGGAACAGAAAAGGAUAAAGAAGUCCAAAAUUUUGGAUUUUGAAGGUUCUCUGGCUAUGGUAUAUGAAUCUGCCGGGAAUGAAUCAGUCCUUAGUCUUUGGAUGUUAGAUGAUGCUGGCUUGUGGAUUAAAAAGUUCAAUCUUGAAAUGGAUUUAGAGUUGGAUCGGAUGUAUCUUUAUUUGGGUCCUCAACACUUUUUUGGACUUAAUUUUAUUUUUGGAUACAAAUUUUACAACUACAAAAAGAAAACCAUUAAGAAGCUUUCUUUCCCCGCUCAUCUCACCGAUGUCAAGUCGGUUGCCAAGUUCACUGAGAGCCUUGUCUCUCUUGAGGGGUUUGAAUCACAAGCGUGA